UUCAGGACUUGUAAUGGAGUAUUUUUAGACUGCAGUAUUUUUCACUAAAGUAUGUGAAUAUACUUCUUCCACCACUGCUGUAUCCAGUCAAAGACUUGUUUUUCAUGAAAUACAGCCGCCUCUGAUUAAACCUCAUAUUGUACACUAUAUCAUUCUUUAUGUAGUUAACUUCACUGUAGUCUUCAUAACCUGUGACACAACGUUAUAUUCAGACACGAUUUUUCGUGGUAGUAACUGACUCUUCUGCUCGGGUGAGAAUGUCGAGUAUUGUCCUCUUAAAGAGACAGGCUGUAUUUUUCGACUCUGCACAGCUGCAGGAAGGAUGCGUGUCACUUUAAAACCCGCGUGACAGUUCGUAGUGGUGAAAGUGGAGUAUGUGAGUUUGUGCUGUUCGUGGAUUUAGCUUUCUCAUACCCGGCUGUCGACCUUUGGAUCUCAGGCCCCGGGGCGGGUAGGCAGCUCCGUGGUCCACGGUGGCAAUUGGCUGCGCUCCUCUCCUCCGUGUACAGCUGCUUCCUAUUGCGCUGCGCAUCGUGGCCACAACACAGCAGACAGUGUGCACACACACACACACUUUUUUUUUUUUUGUACAUGCAUACACGCACAUUAUGUGGCGUGAGUGUGCGUGGUGCUGCCGGAGCCCAAAGUCCCCCGUACCGUGGCGCAGUCUCUUAUCGGAAUGUUUGAAUAUUAACGAGGUUAUCCGUGUCCUGUAGACCACAAGCUACUGCCAGCUAUACCCUGCAGGCCAGGAAGCCGACAGAGCGGGCGGGCAAGCGUGUCGAGGCGGACUGGGAGAAAGGAAGUUACCGCUGUAGCUGCACCGGACAACGGCAGAGCACGGAGCCAUGACCGAGAAACGCAUGUCACGGUGGUAUUUCGGUGGGCUGGCGUCCUGCGGGGCAGCCUGCUGCACGCAUCCUCUGGAUCUCCUCAAGGUACACCUGCAGACACAGCAGGAGGUGAAGAAGAGGAUGGUGGGGAUGGCUGUUCAUGUGGUGAAGAACAACGGAGUGCUGGCUCUUUACAAUGGCCUCUCUGCUUCCCUUUGUCGACAGAUGUCCUAUUCCCUCACCAGAUUUGCCAUCUAUGAGACAGUGAGGGAUAUGAUGGGCAGCACAAACAAGGGCCCCAUGCCCUUCUACCAGAAGGUCCUGCUGGGAGCCUUCGGAGGUUUCACUGGUGGGUUUGUUGGCACGCCGGCUGACAUGGUGAAUGUCAGGAUGCAGAAUGACAUGAAACUACCACCAGAACUGAGGAGAAACUAUAAACAUGCCAUCGAUGGGCUCUUCAGAGUCUUCAGAGAAGAGGGUGUGAGGAAACUGUUCUCAGGAGCCACCAUGGCCUCCAGCAGAGGAGCGAUGGUCACUGUCGGACAGUUGGCGUGUUAUGACCAGGCCAAGCAGCUCGUGUUGGGAACAGGGGUGAUGGGAGACAACAUAUUGACACACUUUCUUUCCAGUUUCAUUGCUGGAGGCUGCGCUACGUUCUUGUGUCAACCACUGGAUGUACUAAAGACGAGGCUGAUGAGCUCAAAAGGAGAGUACACAGGGGUGACACAUUGCUUGCAAGAAACUGCCAGGCUGGGGCCCCUGGCAUUUUACAAGGGUCUUGUCCCAGCAGGGAUCCGCUUGAUUCCUCACACAGUGCUCACCUUCAUCUUCCUCGAACAGCUCAAAAAAUACUUCGGCAUUCGUAUCAUCUCCUGAGCACGCUCUCUGUUACCGGCCACUCUCCGACCCCCGCCGACGCUGUCACCGCCGUACAUGAUACCCCAUCAUCGCUCUGCUCUUACCAUUUACAAGAAAAGAAGGGAAGAAAGGAAGUCAUGUAGAGUUUUAUGGGCUCGUGCAUGUUUUCCUUUUGCUCUACCUCUGUCUCACGGCUAGAAAUGAAAUGAUUUUGAAAAUUAACAGCACCAACUUCUGGGAUUGAUGAAUAUUGAAACAACAGACCAUUUACUCUGUCAAUAUAGAUUAUCAAUAUGAUGCUAAGAAGGUGAUGGUAAUGGGGUUAUUAGAAUGACCUGCCAACUUCAGAGAGAAGAUUAAAAUGAGCUCUAGCAGAUGUUUAAUUUGAGUGUCCAUUAUAAUUUCAGGUACAGUGAGGUACGUGUCAGGACAUACUCAGAUUAAGUGUUAAUUUUGAUACUGUCAUGAUGAUGGCAGACUAAAUAUUGUCUUUGACUAAUUCCAAAUCAGAUCUUGUGAUUUAUGUUUUAACCUCUACAGUAAAGCUCAAUCUACCAGUGGUGUAUAGCAGAAAUGUGUUUCCUGUAGUCCUCUACAACACUUAGGACUGUGUUGAUGAUUCAUUACAAAGUACAAAAUGUACUUGAAAAGCUGUAAACUAACACAACGUAGCCUUCAUAUCAGUGCCAUUCUGACCAGAGAGUCUAUAAUAUUUCCCAAAAGCCAUUACUAAGACAUGACUGACUGAACUGUUUGUAAUUACAUCAUCAUUCCCAUUAGUGGUGACCAAGUGUGACGCACCCUACAUUUUACAGUGUUGAUUUAUUUGUUUGUCUUCUUAUUACCUAAUUAUUAUUAUUUUAGAACUGGAAAUCAAUUACUAAUACGUUCAAAUGUCAUUAACUUUUACCCCUUUGCUUCAUUCCAAUCCACUGUCAUCAUUUCACUCUCAAUCUUUUGAAGAGGGGAGGACCAAGCUCGUUUGUCUCAUGUUUUUAAGCAAGGUGAGAGUUAGUGGGGAAACUGUGAAGCAGAUGAUGAUUUUUUUUUUUUUCCUUUUUAUUAACAUAAUUUCUGUACAACCACUUUAUCUCUUAAAUCUUACUGUUUGAAUAGAGAUGCCAGUUGAUGAAGCCUGUAGAGAACUGCUGUACAGUACAAGUGUACGUGUAACAUUUCCCUCUGUAAUGUUACUGUUACGUCUAGCUGAAUGCAUGUCAGACUUUAUGACUCAGGAUGCUACUCUCUUUUAUAAGGCACUUUAUUAAAACCCUGGACUCGUACGGACUAACCUGCUGCAUAGAAACAUGCUGUAUACUUUAACAUGUUCUAAAAGUAUAAAUGAAAAUGUUUUGAAUUUAAAAUGUUACUGGUUACUAUGGAGAGCAAUCUAAUGUUUUGCAGUUCUGAUCAGUUAUUGUCCCAUGAUAAGUUUGGUAACGCUUUAUUUUACAGGUCCUUUGAUUUUAUACAAAUUUCCUGGAAAUAUUCUGUGUAAUUUGCAGGUAUAUAACAGUUAAUUUUUAGGACAUUUUACAGAAAGGUGGUGGUGGAAUUUAGUAAGAAAUUAUAAGAAAAACAGGAAAAUUUUUAAGUGGUUUAAUUGGAAAGUGUCCACUCAUUAUAUUUGGGUUCAUAUGUAGUUGUUAAUGUGCAAAAAUACAUAGGUUUCAAUGUAUAGUUUUGUGUGUCAUACCACAUAUUGGCGUAUUAAGUUUUUUUCUUAAAAGCUCUAUAAUGAGCACAUCUUAUAUAUUACCAAAUUACAUAACUUUUUCAAAGAAAUGUCCUAAGAACAAGAAAGAUAUAACACUGCAGCUACUUUUAGGAAAUUAUAUGCUAAUACAUAUAUUGUUUGACACACAAAACUACACACAGAAAACUUAAGUAUUUUCUGUCAGUUUGUUAAGAGUCUAAUUUAGUAAGAAUCUUUGCAAAUUAACAACAAUGUAUUUAACCCAAAUAUAAUGAGUGGGCACUUACAACUAAACCAACUUAAUACUUUUUUUUUAAUUUUUAUUUUUUAAAUAAUUUGUACCAAACUGCACCAUGCUUGUUGUAUAAAUUAACAGUUUAAUACCUGCAAAUUACUCAGAAAACUUCCAGUAUAAAAUGAAGCGGUCUGGAAAAUAAAGCUUUACCUUAAGUUUCACCUUGGUUCGGUGAUAUAAUGGUGAAACUAAACAUUCUCUGUGCCGUGCCUGCUAUGUUGCCUUACAUUAUCUGUCCUGCAGGGGACAGUAUAGUAACGUGUGAAUGAUAUCAAUGCCAACAGCCUGAAGGAUCCUCCUAUGAGCAUUUUAAUAACCCUGCACUCUCAUCCUAGGAUAAAUUAAAAAGAGAGCGACAAGCUCAGCUCAGCCUGAGAGAAUGAGUGUGUGAUGCAUGUUCAUACGUUCAAGAGUUCCUCAACAAUGUGAGUUACUAUUGAUCAGCCAGUAUCAGUUAUUGUAAGCCCAACUUUGUGAACACAGAAAUGAAACGGGAGGGACCCACAGUGUGAAUUUUGUUGAUCAUUAAUUAAUGAUUUCGGAAUUAAAAUAUGGUGGAAAAUA